AUGAAAAAUCUUCAUCUCACAUACUUCAGGCAUGUUGCUUGUAGGGGCUAUUCUUCGGAGAGGGACACCAUGUUUGGAAAGUAUUCUGGUCAUGACAGAAGGGAAAACUCUAAUUCCCAUCAGAGGACCUCCUCACCAGAAGACAGAUAUGCAGAUCAAGAAAGAUCCCCCAGGGACAGAGAUUACUUUGAUUACAGCAGGUCAGACUAUGAACAUUCAAGACGAGACCGUUCUUAUGAUAGUGGCAUGGAGUCACGGAGUCGGGACCGAGAAAAGCACAGAGAAAGAGAAAGAGACACAGAUCGGAAAAGGUCCCGGAGAUCGCCAUCUCCUGGGAGAAGAAGUCCAGAACCAUUUGCAACCCAGAGUUCCUCGGCUCAGGAUGAGCCUGCUACAAAGAAGAAGAAAGAUGAACUUGAUCCUCUGCUUACACGCACUGGUGGAGCAUAUAUUCCUCCUGCAAAGCUCAGGAUGAUGCAAGAACAAAUUACAGAUAAAAGCAGCUUAGCGUACCAGAGGAUGAGCUGGGAGGCACUGAAAAAGUCAAUCAAUGGUCUCAUCAAUAAAGUCAACAUUUCUAAUAUAGGUAUUAUUAUUCAAGAACUUCUUGCAGAAAAUAUAGUUCGAGGAAGAGGACUACUUUCUAGGUCUGUUCUCCAAGCACAGAGUGCUUCUCCAAUCUUUACUCAUGUUUAUGCAGCACUAGUUGCAAUCAUCAACUCAAAAUUUCCUCAGAUUGGAGAAUUAAUUCUCAAGAGAUUAAUUCUUAAUUUCCGUAAAGGUUAUCGAAGAAAUGAUAAGCAACUUUGUCUGACUUCAUCAAAAUUUGUGGCUCAUCUUAUUAAUCAGAAUGUGGCACAUGAAGUUUUAUGCUUAGAGAUGCUCACUUUGCUCCUGGAAAGACCAACAGAUGACAGUGUGGAAGUAGCUAUUGGUUUUCUCAAGGAAUGUGGCCUCAAAUUAACAGAAGUAUCGCCGCGGGGCAUUAAUGCUAUAUUUGAACGACUUCGAAACAUUCUCCAUGAGUCUGAAAUUGACAAAAGAGUUCAGUAUAUGAUUGAGGUGAUGUUUGCAGUGCGAAAGGAUGGAUUCAAGGAUCACCCUGUUAUCUUGGACGGACUUGACCUCGUGGAGGAAGAUGAUCAGUUCACCCACAUGCUCCCUCUGGAGGAUGACUACAAUCCAGAAGAUGUUCUUAAUGUCUUCAAGAUGGAUCCUAACUUUUUGGAGAAUGAAGAAAAAUACAAAGCCAUUAAGAAGGAAAUUCUUGAUGAAGGAGACAGUGACUCAAACACAGAUCAGGAUGCUGGAAGUAGUGACGAAGAAGAGGAAGAUGAAGAGGAAGAGGGAGAAGAAGAUGAUGAAGGACAAAAAGUAACUAUUCAUGACAAAACAGAAAUUAAUCUGGUCUCAUUUCGCCGCACAAUUUAUCUUGCUAUUCAGUCCAGUUUAGAUUUUGAAGAAUGUGCUCACAAACUACUGAAAAUGGAGUUUCCUGAAAGUCAAACAAAAGAACUCUGCAAUAUGAUACUUGAUUGCUGUGCGCAACAAAGGACGUAUGAAAAAUUUUUUGGCUUAUUAGCUGGGCGCUUUUGCAUGCUCAAAAAAGAAUACAUGGAAUCCUUUGAAAGUAUAUUCAAAGAACAGUAUGAUACCAUUCAUCGUUUAGAAACAAACAAAUUAAGAAAUGUUGCCAAGAUGUUUGCUCAUCUUUUAUAUACUGAUUCACUUCCAUGGAGUGUACUUGAAUGUAUAAAGCUAAGUGAAGAAACAACUACAUCAUCCAGUAGAAUUUUUGUCAAAAUAUUUUUCCAGGAACUUUGUGAAUACAUGGGUCUUCCUAAACUUAAUGCAAGAUUAAAGGAUGAGACUCUACAGCCAUUCUUUGAAGGAUUAUUACCACGGGAUAAUCCAAGAAACACUCGAUUUGCCAUCAACUUUUUUACUUCUAUUGGUCUUGGAGGCUUAACGGAUGAGUUGCGAGAACAUCUCAAAAAUACACCAAAGGUCAUCGUGGCACAGAAACCGGACGUUGACUCAAAUAAAUCUUCUCCUUCCUCUUCCUCAUCUUCUUCCUCAGAAUCAGACUCCUCAGAUUCUGAGUCUGACAGCAGCGAUAGCAGUUCAGACUCUUCCAGUGAAGAGAGUGAUUCGUCGUCUACCAGCAGUCAUAGCUCAGCCUCAGCUAAAAAGGUAAGAAAGAAGGUACAAGGAAGAACCAGAAAUAAAGGAGGAGAUAAAGUGAGUAGGAAACAUCAAACAAAUGAUAGACGACAUGAAGAAAGAAGACCAGAACACAGGCACCAGGAAACAAGGACCGAGAGAGAAAGAAGAUCAGAAAAGCACAGAGAUCAAAAUUCAGGAGAUGCCGAUUGGAGAGAUGCCAGUACAAAAUACACUUCCGACAGAGGUGUUCCUUCAGAACGAAACAGUUACAGGAGGGUUGUGAAUGACAGAGACCAAGAAGUGCACAUAGAUUUAGAAAAUAAGCAUGGUGAUGCCAAAAAGAAAAGGGAAGAAAGGAGAAACUCUUUUUCUGAAAAUGAGAAGCACAGGCAUCGAAAUAAGGAUAGUGAAAAUUUGAGAAGAAAAGAUAGAUCAAAGUCAAGAGAAAGGAACAGCAAACAUUCAGGCUCUAGAAGCAGUGAAAAUAGGUAUCAGAAUGGUGCUGAAAGGCGUUGGGAAAAGUCUACUAGCUACUCUGACCAAUCCAGAGAAUCAAAGAAAAGUCAGGACCGUCGAAGAGAAAAGUCUCCAACAAAGCAAAAAUAACUCCACAUGCCAGUAAUUAAACAAGCCUUACAUUCAGCUAAAGCAAAAUAUUUUUACACAGACUGAUAAACUUUGUAAAGAAUUCUUGUAUAAAGUACUGGUUUGUAUUUGUACAUUUGAAAUAUGUUUUCGUUUCAAUAUAUUUUAUAAUUGAUACAUCUCAUGGUCCUCCACAUGAACUUAUUUGAAGGGAAAAGUUUUAAUAGUGAGGGAUGUAAAAUUUGCUUAUAUUUUGUAAAUAAAAUGAUAAAAUGUUCA